GAUUACUGCUGCUGAAACAUGUCCGCGCCUGUUGCUCUGCUCAGGCUAAGUGUGUUGGCAGCACUGACUGGCGCGACGCACGGCGCCGCCGCUGUCACCAAGCUUGACGCCAAAUGUUUGACGCUGCAGUGUCGCCAGGCAGCUUCUGGAGUUCUGAGCGCUUUGGACAAGAAAUCGAAUCCUUGCGACGACUUCUACGAGUUCUCUUGCGGGCAUUUUGGGGACAACCACGCUAUUCCCGAGGGAAAGUUGCUCUGGGACAACUUCCAGAUCCUGCAGGAGGCCAUGGACACUCACUCCAGAGACAUCCUGAACGCGCCUGUGGAGCCCGGCGAAGCGGCCGCCGUCAGCAAAGCUAAGAACAUGUUCGCGGCCUGCAUGGAUACAGACUCCCAGGACAGACGGGGUCUCGACCCAGUGGUGGAGUUGUUGCACCAAUGGGGAGGCUGGCCAGUGCUGAAUUCUGAUUGGACUCCAUUCGACUGGCACAGGAUGGGGGACAUUGUUGCCGAGUUUGCUGUACCUUUCAUAUUCAGCAUAAGUUCCUUGGCUAGCUUGGACAACGCCAAUAGCACAGCGGUGUAUCUGGACGCUCCGUCGCUUGUGCUGCCGUCGCCGCUGUUGUUCAACACGGAGACGCCUGACCUCCUGCAGGCGUUAAAUAGGGCGGAGGGUGGAGUGGAGGAUCUUCCUUUCACAAAGUACCUCGUGAAGAUGGCAACCCUUCUGCGCGAUCAUUUGCACACGAACGUGUCAGACGAGACCGUCCGGAAGGACAUGGCGGAUGUUGUGCUCUACAUGCAGAGACUCUCCAAGGCGACUCAAGUCUUGAAAAUGGAUAACACUCCCAUCGGUCAAAGAGGAAUGGCCUGGACAAUUGGACAGCUGGACCAGUGGACAAAGGAGACACUGGACAACACCACAAUGGACUGGGUGCAGUUUCUGCAGAGAGCAUUCAGCAAGUCUGGUGUGACGGUACGGGCGGACCAUCCUGUCAUCUUCCUGGGAGGAGAGAAAGCGCUUGCCGGUAUCAUCAGCUUCAUAGAGGGCUCUGAUCCACGCGUGCUGGCUAACUACGUCAUGAGCCGGUUGUUGGUGUUUCUGACACCAGAGAGCAGCAGAGAGAUGCGUGAUGCGGCUUUCGAAUUUUACGUGCAACAAGGGUAUAUCACUACAGAUUAUCCUAGGUGGCUGUACUGUGUACACAAAGUUCAAGAUUACCCCAGCGUGGGCUUCAGUCAUGCCGUGGCCUACUAUUACAAGACCAAUAUGGUGGACACGCAGACACUUGAAGAAGCAGCUGAAAUGGUGUCCGACUUGAGGGCCGCGUUCCAUGACCUGCUCGCGGAGAACAAUUGGAUGGAUGACGAAACAAGGCACGCAGCAGUCCAAAAGGCGGACGCCAUGUUAGUGCUGAUGGGGUUCCCCAGCUGGUGCGAUUCUAGCGCUGAGCUCGACGAGUUUUACAACAAUAUAGAAGUGAGUCGUGGUGAUCAUUUCGGCAACGUGGCACGCCUUCGAUCCUUCGUGCAAGCUACAAACUUGGCAACACUGGGCAAGGACAGGGAUCGUAACGAGUGGACACAGUCGCCCUUAGUGGUCAAUGCCUUCUACAACAGCCUGAACAACCGCAUAACGUUUCCUGUUGGAAUGAUGGAUGUACCAUUUUUCUACGGGAACCACUACAUAACGUUGCUGGAUUAUGCCAGGAUCGGCGCCAUAGUUGGCCAUGAGAUCACACACGGGUUCGACAGUGUUGGCCGACAGUAUGACCAGUUCGGGUCCGCAUUUGACUGGUGGAGUGCUGGGACGAACGCCAAGUUCGAGGAGCGUGCGCAGUGCUUCGUGAAGCAAUACAGCAGCUACAGGGUGUCCGAGCUAAACAAGACGGUGGACGGACAGAGGACACUGAGAGAGAACAUCGCAGACAAUGGAGGUAUUAGAGAGGCAUACCGGGCCUUUACGAGGCUGAAGACGAGGCGAGGAAUGGAGGCCUUUUCGCCUAGACUACCUGGGCUGGAGCAGUACUCGCCGGACCAGUUGUUCUUCAUCGGUUAUGCAUCGAUGUGGUGCCGAGCGGAGACUCUGGCCGGACUGGACGUCAUGCUACAGAAAGACAGCCAUAGUCCUAACCGGUUCCGGGUGAUUGGUUCACUCUCCAACAUGGCGGAGUUCAGCGAGGCUUUCGGGUGUCCACUGGGCUCCAGGAUGAAUCCCGUGAAUAAAUGUGUUCUCUGGUGAUUUUGCACAUGUUCGAGUUAGAUGAUAUAUCGACUCUGCUACUGUCAUUAUGCAAUGAAUUUCUGAAAGUAUUCACCAACAUUUACAAGUCUUCUUCCGUAGAAAAUUUCAGAGGGGAAUAUCACGUAAAUCUGGUUAUAAUGCAAUAUGUUUCUGAACAUGCUCCACAACAAUCCAAACCGAGGUGUUCUGUUUAAGUGGCUCUUAAUAAUACGUAACUACUCUAGACCCUCAUGCAGCCUAAUUUGUAGGGGUCUAAUUAUUCAAAGACAAAGUUACUCUUACUGAAUAAAUGAACUGCACAAAAUACGAUGUCUAUCUUUUCCACAGUUGGAAAUUGUGUGCUGACAAUUUUGAUCUAACGUUAACUCGUUGAACUGAAGCAGAUCUGACGGUUCGUUGCUUCCUUAAUUGACUGUCAUAACUUGACAGGGCAUUUAAUAUAAAUAUAUAAUUGAGUCACGCCGGACGAAGGGUUAGGCUGAUUAGUUUUGCGCCAGAAGGAAAGUAUUAAAGUCCUUGCAGUCACCCGAAAGAAGAGCGUAAAGCAAACAGAGAAACUGUGGCCGGUAAGACCGCUUGUUGCCAAUGUCUCCAGGCACUACAGCCUUGCCAAUAUUGCCUGUUACUUACACCUUGCACUCUCUUCACACUGGCACCGAGGCUGCGCCAUAGCUGGCUUCCCACCGCGGGUCUGGUCAAGUGUUUGUGGUGGACAAAUUGGUGCUGG